CGGCGGUUGAUUGACUCCUUUGGCUUACCGCCUCCGCGAUUAUAUAUAUUUUCGCGCCUGACUAGUUAUUUUAUGUUUAAUUAUAAAUAACAUUCCAUUAUGGGAGCGUAUUUAUCUGAACCUGUUACAGAAAAAGUGUCAAGCGAUGAAGCAAAUGAAAAAUUGGAGUGCGGCGCAAGCUCCAUGCAAGGAUGGCGUGUCAAUCAAGAGGAUGCACAUAAUACUAUUCUAGAGUUUGAUGUGAAUACUUCUCUUUUUGCUGUUUAUGAUGGACAUGGCGGUGCUGAAGUCGCCACUUAUUGUUCUCAAAAAUUACCGGAAUUCAUUAAAAAUACAGACGCUUACAAGAGUGGGGAAUUUAUAAAAGCUUUGGAGGAUGCCUUCCUUGGUUUUGAUGCUAAUAUUGCAACAAAAGAGGUCAUGGAUAUUUUAAAAGAUUUAGCAGGUGAAAUAAAUCCACCGGGUCCGAGCGACAAUGAAGAGUCCGAUGAUGAAAAUGUCAAUAAUCUAUAUCAGGAGGCACAUCUUCCCUUACAGGAAGUACUGGCAAAAUAUGAGAACAAACUGAGUACUCUUCAUAGAACUAGACUUGGUGACACGACAACACCUCUUUCGCCAUGUUUAAGGGCCAAGAAGAACACUGAUGAACCGGGAGGAUCUGGGAGUGGGGCUUCAACUUCUAGUACAGGAUUUACAUUCGCAGCAGGCUCAAGCUCAGAGCAGCCCGGUGCUGCUGCUUCGUCCAGUAAAAAUGGGGAGUCAUCAGAGAAAGAAGAAGACAAUCCAGAAGAGGACACUGGUGGAGUAUCUUCAACAAACUCAAAUGAGGAAGACAAAGAUUUGAAUGGAGAGGUAUCUACCAGUGAACCAGAUAAAAAAACUGAUGAAUCUGCAAUGGAUGUUGAUAAGCCAACCACAAUAGCACCAGACAGUUCUGAAGAUAAUUGUCACCAACCAGAACAGAGUGAAGAUGCCAAGAAUACAACACCCAAAGAAAAUGGUUCUGAUGCAUGCAAUGGAGAAGUGACAGAUUCAAAACAGGUUGAAGGUGAAGAAAAUGAUAUUACUUCAUCAAAUGGAUCUGCUACGCCAGUCAAAUCUGGAAAAGCCAAAGACAAAACAUCACCAGUUUCAAGUUCAGAUAAAGCAACACCUGAACGGCCCAAAAAGGCCAAACUUCGACGUGCCGCAGCAGCUGUAUACGAGUCACUGCUGCGACAGGCUGAAGAUGAUGACGAAAGUGAUUCUAAUGACGAGACAUUCGAGGGUGGCGAGAUUAAUUCUUCUGACGAAGAAAAUUGCAAUGGUGUGGAGGAAUCCUCAAAUGAUGGUGAAGGAGAAGAAGAAGAAGAUGAAGAAGAGUAUGAAGCAGAGUCUAGUGACGAGGAUGGCGAAGAGGACCUUAGUAUGACAGAGGAACCAGGAAAUGACAGUGGCUGCACUGCUGUUGUUGCCUUACUCAAAGGAACGGAACUAUAUGUAGCUAAUGCUGGAGACUCUCGCUGCAUUGUAUGCAGGGAAGGCAAGGCCAUAGAUAUGUCAAUAGAUCACAAGCCAGAAGAUACCCCUGAGCUUGAACGUAUUAUAAAUGCAGGUGGUAAGGUGUCUAAUGAUGGCCGCAUCAAUGGCGGUCUCAACUUAUCUCGUGCCAUUGGUGACCAUUCAUACAAGCAGAAUAAAGAUUUAGGUGCUAAGGAGCAAAUGAUCACAGCACUCCCUGAUGUAAAGACAUUAACCAUUGAUCCCGAAAAGGAUCAGUUUAUGGUUUUGGCUUGUGAUGGGAUUUGGAAUUUUAUGUCUAGUCAAGAUGUUUGCGACUUUAUCGUACCAAGACUGGAGGAAGGUAGAGAGAGAUUAUCACAGAUCUGUGAAGAGAUGUUCGAUCACUGUUUAGCACCGAGCACAAUGGGCGAUGGAACGGGCUGUGAUAAUAUGACGGCUAUUAUUGUAAGAUUUAAGGAUGGUAUUAUAGCUGAUGUUGCAAAACACACAAGUAAUACUGAAGGGUCUAAAAAACGAGUCGCUGAAGAUGAGCCCAAUCAAGAUGAACAACAGGAGUCUAAAAGGCAAAAGGUUGACGAUCCCCUUUCAAGUUCAGUGGUGACAUCAAGUGUGUAGAGGGUAAGGAUUAACAUAUAGGUCUAAGGAUUAACAGUGUUCAAGCCACGUAUAGUAUUGCGUAACAUUUGUCGGGACUGUAACACUAAACAGAAUGCCUCUUUUAUUUGGGAUUUUGUUAAUUUUAUAUAAUUUAUGUACCAAAUUUUUCAAGAUGUCAUCUUACUAUUUGUCUUUUAUGGGUGAUUACGCAUUCAAAAAUCUCUUCUGCCAGUGAGCAACACUUUAGAUUUAAUUUGUAAGGUAAAAUGAUUGUUUUGCAGCAGGUUAACAGUGGUAGCAUAGUAUGCAAAGGAAGAUCUAUAAAUUAACUUUCAAUUAAUUAGUCAUGUAGUUGUAUCGACAAGUGAUAGUAAUUAUGCAUGCACAUAGCUUUGAGUACUUAGUGAUAUAUUAUUAAAUGUGACCUCAAUAAAUGAUUAUUAUUUCUGAAACUGACAUUAUUUAUUUUCUUCCUAUGUUAUGCAACAUAAGAAGAAAAUAAAUGAUCACAAUGCAUUAUUCAGUUUUUAAUGAAAACAUUCUAAAGUAAAUUAUUUUUUAACGUGUCACAUCGUGAAUAAUAACAAAAAGCAGGCAGGCAUUUAUUUAUUUUAGUAUUAAUUAUGGCCAACUGGUCCUCUUAAUUGAAAUCCAUAAUUGGCUACUUGACAAUUUUCUGAAAUAUAUUUUAUAAUUUUUGUAGACUUAUUUAAAACCCCCUACAAUUAUCUAAUUUUCAAAAAAAGCUUUAUUUGAUAGAGAAAACAUGAAUUUUAUUUCUCUUUGUUUGAAAUCCGCGCUAAACCACUAUGUCAUGUGACAUUUUCGAGCUAUGACGUCAUAUUUCAAUAAACGAAACAAGGCUAAUACGGCGCUCUAACUGUUUUGAAUGAUAAGUGUACAGAUUUUAUUGGAAUUGUGAAAGUGACAAGCUACAAAAUGUAUGCAGUGCUUAUGUGUCGAAGUACGACAAUUAAAUGUCCCAACAAAUUGUUUAUACAUGUUCCUAAAUGCCCAAAACGUCGAAAGCAAUGGUUACAAUUGGCACAUGGAGACCCACAGUUUACGUCUGAUAUAUCUGCGAUAUUCUUAUUCUUAUGAGGAUCACUUUGAUGUAAGUAUUUAGAAGAAAUCAAUAUGUUUGAUUUUCCAAAAAUAAAUUAAACCUAACUGCUUAAACUAUAGAAUAAACGAACCUAAUUUCUACCUAAUGACACUUUCUUUAUAACUACCUAAUGAUAUGGAAAAUUACAUCCAAUACAGUAUAAUAUGUUCUAUUGGUAAAUUAAACAUUAAAUAAUAAACUCGGCGGCAGAACAAAAAUCAGAAUUACAGGCAAAGAGAUUUG